AUGACGUAGCUAUCGAAAUGAUGCUAACGCUAGCUGGGUUUGCUUUUGACAGGCCGCUGUUGUUGACAUUCAUUGUUAGUUUGGCACAUGUGUAAACCGGUCCUGGCCCGCUUAGAGGACCUCUUUGCAUUUUGUGUGUAUUUGUCUGGGAUGUACGGAUGGAUAUUAGACAGAAUCUCGUCGUUGUUUGAGCCCGACGCAGGGCAAAAGCAAGAAACUAACGAGGAGCAAGCGAGUGGCGCCAGGGUAAGGCGGCGUGAGGGCCACGGGCGACCAGUUAAACGGAACUACCAGAGUGUUGAUGCAGCAGACAGUCUUAGUCAGAGUGACCAGAUAGAGGUGAAAAGACGAAGAGGAGAUGUGAUAAGUUUUGUGAAGAACACCGUGGCUAGAGUGACAAGUCUGUUCCGAGUGCACAGACCGCUGCUAUCCACAGACUUCGACAAGCACGAACAAUAUGAUGACACACAGUCUGUUACACUGGGAAUCGAUGAGCUGCACACCCCAUGGCUGACAAGCAUUGACUGGAGAAUGGAUAAACCAGGGCUUGAGAGAUCGGUGCAGAAUCAUUUUCAGAGCUCCUCACCUCCUUUAUUGAGGAAAUUCAGUGGGACCUCUUCUGGGCUCCUCGACAAAGAGAGGAGAGGCCCCUUGCAGCUGCUGCCUUCACGGCCUACUGUUAGCAUGGGAAUGCCCAGCUCUGACCAGACUUGCAAUGGCUUUGGACACAGCCGCUGCUACAAGUCCAGCCUCACCGUGGAAAAGGCCAUAAAGCAGAAUGACAAGGAGCACUACAGACGCCUACUGGAGAUGGUCACAGAGAAGUACAGCAAGAGCCAACCGCUACCUUUCAACCAAACAAAACCCCAACCUGUGUCUGUAUCACAAGGUCAACACACGGUGACGGCUUCAAGAAAACCUUUUGAGAAGACACCCAAAAAGAUGGGAUGUUCCACUGCCCCCACUAUGCUGGCUUGGAGAAAUGCAUCUGCAAACAAGGGCAGAUGGACGGGGCUGCCUCUCAGUAAAUCUUACACAGCAGCACCAGAAGACAGGCAACAUGGGCGAGGUGCAAAGAAAACAGUAGCUGAGUUGGACCUUUCCACAGAAGUAGCCACGCGCCUCAACCUCGUCGAUCGAGUGCCGCCUACCGUCAGCCUGCCCGCCCCGCACGCGUUGCAUGCAAGACACACUGCUGAGGACAUACCCCGACUUACUCAGGAGAUGGCGACAGAAGUAAGCGCUGCUCUGGCACAGAAUGACCCCAAUUUGGUUUUAAGUGCUGCUUUCAAGCUGCGCAUCACGCAGAGAGACUUGGUGACUCUUCAGGAAGGCGGCUGGCUCAAUGAUGAGGUGAUCAACUUCUACCUGUCCCUGGUUAUGGAGCAGUGUUCUGACACGGGAGCGAGAGUGUACUCGUUCAGCACCUUCUUCUACCCCAAGCUCCGAGGCGGAGGAGUCGGGGGGCAAGCCGGGGGGCACGCCGCCGUGAAGCGCUGGACAAAAGCCGUCGACCUCUUUCUGUACGACUUGGUUCUAGUCCCUCUCCAUAUAGGCGUCCACUGGGCUCUAGCGGUGAUAGAUUUGAAAGCAAAGACGGUGAAGUCCUAUGAUUCAAUAGGCCAAAGACAUGAUGACGUUUGCAGUCUUUUACUUCUCUACCUCAAGGAGGAGCACAGAGCAAAAAAAGUCAGAGAACUGGACAGCUCAAAGUGGACUGUUGGUUGCAUGCGAGCCUCUGAAAUCCCCCAGCAGAAAAAUGGCAGCGACUGUGGAGUGUUUGCAUGUAAAUAUGCACAAUACAUCGCUAAAGGAAGACCUCUCACCUUCAAACAGUGGCACAUGCCUCUCUUCCGUAAGUUAAUGAUUUGGGAAAUUCUGCAUCGGAAGCUGCUGUAACAUGUCCAUUCAGCAUGUCAACAUGCGGAAAAAACCUAUACAGACAUUGCAAGGAAAGGAAGAAGAAGAACUGAGCGGGGAGGACGAUUUGUCUGACUGAAGUCCAGCUGCUCACCGCUUAAGACUUUAUUUACUUCCCUUUACAGCUCUGUGACAUUAACCUGUUUUAGUCUCUGAGUUUUAAUUAGAGACUUUUCUUGGACAUGCACAUUGAGAGCUUUGCUGCUGGCCGAGUGACUUUUUUUUUUUUUUUUCCACCUUUGCAUUGUUUGUAUAAUUGUCCUUAGUACUGCCACAAGUGCCUUUUAUCUUCUGACACUGACCUCAGAUCCAAACUGGAGAGCGACCAUGAUUGGAUUCCAAUGUAUGAUUUCACAAGCAACAGACAAGUAAGUUUAAGUUAAACUUGCAGAAAAUACAUGAAGUUUUUUUUUUUAUUACAUGACUGAAUUAGUUUUUUUCAAAGGCCUACUGAAACCCACUACUACCGACCACUCAGUCUGAUAGUUUAUAUAUCAAUGCUGAAAUAUUAACAUUGCAACACAUGCCAAUACGGCCGGUUUAGUUUACUAAAUUGCAAUUUUAAAUUUCGCGCGGAAGUAUCAUGCUAAAAACGUCGCGGUAUGAUGCCUCGUGCGCGAGUGACUUCACACAUUGUAGAGGACAUUUGGUCCCAGCACCGUUCACAGCUAUAAGUAGUCUCUUUUUAUCGCAUAAUUCUACAGUAUUAUGGACAUUUAUGUUUGUUAAUCUUUUGCAAUUUGUUCAAUGAACAAUGGAGACAUAAAAGAAGAAAGCUGUAGGUGGGAAGCGGUGUAUUGCGGCCGCCUUUAGCAACACAAACACAGCCGGUGUUUCAUUGUUUACAUUCCCGAAAGAUGACAGUCAAGCUUUACUAUGGAACAGAGAUGUCAAGCGAACACGGUUGGAUUGGACCACACACACAAAAGUACAGAGUAUUAUGUGUAUUAAUAAAAAACAUUUUACCAUUCUGUAUUCUGAAGGCGAUCUAUGUCGUGUGCUACUCCGGCAUCAAUAUGCGUCCUCCUGAUCGUCACAGUCAGCGUCGGGUUCAAAGCGGUAUGGCUCUAUCCCUUGUUGCGGUUGGUCCUGCCUCCCCCACGACUGCCAGGGCGCCUCUCACAGCAUCUUCCCUAUCUGAAUUGCUCCCACUGCCCUCUUUUGUUUUUUCCUAGUCCUUCACUCUCACUUUCCUCAUCCACGAAUCUUUCAUCCUCGCUCAAUUUAAUGGGGAAAUUGUCGCUUUCUCAGGCCGAAUCGCUCUCGCUGUUGGUGGCCAUGAUUGUAAACAAUGUUCAGAUGUGAGGAGCUCCACAACCCGUGACAUCACGCGCAUAUCGUCUGCUACUUCCGGUACAGGCAAGGUUGGUUUUUUUUAACAGCACCAAAAGUUGCGAACUUUAUCGUGGAUGUUCUCUACUAAAUCCUUUCAGCAAAAAUAUGGCAAUAUCGCGAAAUGAUCAAGUAAAUAAGAAAAUCGCAUUUCAGUAGGCCUUUAAGUAUGUAUUUAGUUGUGCUAUCUUCAAUGAAUGUAGUUGUUUAUUCCCUGACUGAACCAGUAAGAGGUGUGAUGGUAAUGUACAGUACAGUUUUUACAAUUGCAUAGCAAACUACUGUAAACAGGCAUGUUGGGAGUUCAUGCUUUAAAAAAAAAAAGGAAUAAAUGUUAUUAAUGUAACCUCCAUUUGGCUCAUUGCUACUCGCCAUAGUACGGUGCUUCUCAAUUAUAUUUCUGUGAGCAGCCCAUGCAUUGUCUUCUCGACUUUGACUACUUUUGGUAAAGUAGCUUCAAGAUUGCAGUUCGUUUUGAGGACGAAAGUUGGAAAUCCUUUGCUUGAAGCCCUUUUCUUCCACCGUGGAAGGAAGACACUUUUGUCAAGUUGCUCCCCUGCGCCCUACCAUGUCCAAACUUGCUGUGCUACGUUUGUUCUGUAAAAAUGUUUGUUUGUGCCUUUAUGGUUUUUAAGUUAUUCUUUAAUAAAUCACCCCAAACUGAAA